GCUGUCUUCUGCCGACUUUCGUGGUUUCUCAUGCCUUAUCGCGCCUUGCCAAUGUUUGUCAGACUUCAUCUCUCCACCCGUAUGCAUGCCAGCCUGAGAGCCUCAACCACCCAGUUAGAGGUCGCGUCCGCGGUCACUAAAUGGCUGGACGGAACGCCGUUCGAAGCACGAGACGUACGUCGCAUUCAUGUUGGAACCACGAAUUACGCCUAUCGUGUCUUCCUCAGGAAUCCGCUAGACGAAGGACGCGUAUGGACCGCGGUACUCAAGUAUUCAGCUCCAUAUACGGCUGGUGAACCGCGAGCAGCAUUUUCCCCGAAGAGGCAAGCUUUUGAGGCUCGGGCCUUGACACACAUUCCAUGGUGGGAGUUCAAAUACAAUACUGAGCAUGAUCCUGCAUCACAGCCGGAGCAUCCCAUCGUAAAGCUUCCCUCACUGUACUUGCAAGAUCCUGACCACAGCGUCAAUAUCAUCGAAGACUGCACUCCUCGGCCCGAAGAACGCGAAAUUUGGGACCAGUCCACACACUCGUUCCGCACGAUUCUAGAGGAUCUUCCCGAGUCCAGCGCAAAACACGAACUAGCUCGACUUUUGGGCGAUAAUCUUGGAACCUUCCUCGCGCAGUUGCACGCAUGGGGAAGUGACACCAACAAUCAUCAAUUCGUGUUCGAUACUUUUGGGGGUAACAGCGCCGCAAAGGAACUCACAAUCCAGGAACUAUUCACGGAUUUUGCGGCCAACGUCAAGAGGCUAGGGUACACGAUGACGGGAUCGCAGCCGUCCCAGAUAGAGUCGCGACUCCAGAGUAUAGAGAAUGCAGUGCGAUCUGAGCCUCAGUCGGUGGCAAUGGGCGAUUUUUGGAUGGGAAAUGUCUUGCUCGACGUUGACGGUGCCUGUCAGCUGCGUAGGAUCGUGGUAAUUGACUGGGAAUUUGUCAACAUGGCACCCACAUGGCUCGACAUAGGGAACUUCCUAGGCGAGCUGUAUCUCCUCAACCACUUUGAGGGGACCGAUUCUGCAUAUGUCUCGGUUUUCGAAGGCUUUGUCCAGGCUUACCGCAGACUCAGUCUGGCUCCACUCAACGUUCACGAAGCUCUCGGGUUUGCGGGAGCACAUAUCAUGAUGUCUCUACCGAGAAGGAUACAUUCUGAUCGAAGCCGAGCUACACCUGUAACGGCGUUGCCGUUCGUAGAGGGAGUGCUGAAAUUCAUUACAGACCCAGAGUUUACUUAUCUGGGGACGAGGAAACAGGACCCUUUGGAAACAAUGGCACAGCUAAUGAUGGAUAGAAGCAGAGCGAGAAACAGCAGCUGAGUGCAUCAUUCAAUGCCACCUCUCAUUUCAGCAAGCUUCUGACCCAGGAGCUCUGGAGGUGUUUCGGACGGAAGCGGCUGAAUAUUGUUAGGCAUCCCGAUAAGGCAAAUCGUGGAGCAACGUGGAUCUACCUCUUCGUAGGGAUUGGGUUCAGCUGAGCCCUCUGGGAACAGCACAACGGAUAAGCAUUCAUGGCUUUCUCGGGGACGAGCAUUUUCGGGCCCCAGGGGAUUGCGGAAGGCCGCAUGCGGGCAAGCUGUUCUCGCUAUCAGUUACUCUAGCAAUUUCUCUUCGCGGCCGCAGGGC